AUGGAAGCGGGUUAUGGCUCCGCGAGGCUCUCGGCGGUCGACCGCAGGAAAACACUCAUCAAACCCGAAAGAUAUCAAGCACCUGCGGCUAUGUUGCCCGGUAAAGAAAAAAAAACCCUUGAUGUUUGGGUAAUUUUCUCUAAAAUUGUCACUUUUUGGGCUCCUGGAGCACUUCUAUCUUCUAUUGGUGGUCUCCACGAUAAAUCAUCGCAGCAAGCUUGGCGUGAAAAAGUUACCUUAUGUUUUAUCGCCGUAGUUAUGGGUAGUACCGUUGCCUUCUUAACUGUUGGCUUUGCUGCUGUAUUAUGUCCUCCAGAUCAAGCAAAUAAUCCUCAAUUAUUUAUGCGUUUUGGUGACGCUCCCGGUCAUUUGGGUAUUCUUGGUUAUCAAUUUAAUGUAGCUAAUGCAACAAAUACUUCAAAUGUUGAUUUGUUUAAUUUAUCAAAGACACAAAAUAGUCUAGAUAUUACAAACUAUUUUUCUCGUGAUAAUUCUAAAAUCCCUGGUUGUCAAGAUCCUGCUAUCCAAAAAUUUGCUGCUGUAACAAUGCCACUUUGUACAUCUGCGAGUCCUUGUCCUCUUAAUACAAUUAGUGAUACUACUUUUAAUAAUUAUGGUAUUCAUAACACUUCAAAAAAAGUUGGCUUCGAUUGGACUCAAGUCGGCAACAUAUCUCACUAUUUAGUUAUUGAUGGCAAUGUUCUUAAUCUUAAAAAUUAUAUUGCAGCCAAUCCACCUAAUAAUGAUACGAUGGAUAUAGUCAUCCGUACUGUCUUAAAUUCAACUCAUGCUCAAUAUGGAAGAGAUGCUACUCGACUUUUCUUUGGUAAAGCCGAUCUAAAAGCUGCCGUUAAUUGUCUUGUUAACAAAUAUUAUGCCGGAAACAUUGAUAAACAAACCAUUGGAUGUUUCACCUCGGAACUUUUCUUAUACGUUUCAUUGACCGUCAUUUUGAGUAUCGUCUUAUGUCGAUUUGUUAUGGCGUGUAUUUUUGAUUGGUUUAUCUCCCAUCGUCUUGCUCUUGAACCAAAAGUCAAAGAUGCUAAUAGUAGUAAACCUUGGGUUCCUGGAACAAGUACUGUUAGGAAGGGAAUGACGAUGGAUGAUGUUGGAAAAGAUUUAUUUACUGUUUUACUUGUUACUUGUUAUUCUGAAGAUGAAGUUGGUAUAAGGUGUACUUGUGAAUCAAUGGCUGCUACUUCCUAUCCUGAUGAUCGUAAAUUAUUAUUCCUUAUUUGUGAUGGUAUCAUCGUCGGUAGUGGUAACGAAAAAAGUACUCCUGAUAUUUGUGUGGGUCUUAUGGAACUUGCUGCUGGGUCUAAACAACAUAAUAUGGCUAAAGUUUAUGCCGGAUAUUUCCCUUAUCAAGAUCGUCGUGUUCCUAUGGUUGUUGUUGUAAAAUGUGGUACUCCUGAAGAACAAGGCAAAGCAAAGCCUGGUAACAGAGGAAAACGUGAUUCUCAAUUAAUUUUAAUGAACUUCUUUAGUCGUGUUACAUACAAUGACCGUAUGUGCGCUUUAGACUAUGAUUUGUUUAGAAAAGUUCAUCAUUUAAUGGGUGUAACUCCCGACUUUUUCGAAAUCGUUUUAAUGGUGGACGCUGAUACAAAAGUAUAUCCAAAUUCACUUCGACUUUUGAUUAAUUGUAUGUACAAUGAUCCUUUCAUUAUGGGUUUAUGUGGAGAAACGAAAAUUGCCAACAAACGUGAUUCUUGGGUAACGGCAAUUCAAGUUUUUGAAUACUACAUUUCACAUCACUUGGGUAAAGGUUUUGAAUCAGUAUUUGGUGGUGUUACUUGUUUACCCGGUUGUUUCUGUAUGUAUCGUCUCAAAGCUCGUAAAGGUGAUGAUGAUUGGGUACCAAUUAUUACAAAACCAGAAAUUGUUCAUGAAUAUUCUCAAAAUACCGUUGAAACCCUUCAUCAAAAAAAUUUAUUACUUCUUGGUGAAGAUCGUUUCUUAACUACCCUUAUGUUACGAAACUUCCCACACCGUAAAAUGAUGUUCUGUCCACAAGCUAUCUGUAAAACUGUAGUACCUGACGAUUUCUGGGUUUUACUUUCUCAAAGACGUCGUUGGAUUAAUUCUACAAUUCACAACCUUAUGGAACUUGUUCUCGUCCGAAAUCUUUGUGGAACUUUUUGCUUUUCUAUGCAAUUUGUCGUUUUUAUGGAAUUGAUUGGUACUGUGGUCCUUCCUGUAGCUAUAAUAUUAACUUAUGCUUUGAUUGUUGCAAUGAUCAUGAAACCACCAAGUGAUUUCACUGAAGCUAUCCCAUUGAUGAUGUUGUGUAUGGUUCUUGGUUUACCAGCUAUUUUAAUUUUAAUUACUACACGUAAAGUAAUAUACAUCGCAUGGAUGUUUGUUUAUCUUUUGGCUUUACCUAUAUGGAAUUUCGUUUUACCAACUUAUGCAUAUUGGCAUUUUGACGAUUUCUCUUGGGGUGAAACCAGAAAAGUUGAAGGUGAAACCGGUGGCGAUGAUCAUGGUAAAAAAGAAGGUAGUUUUGAUGCUAAUAAAGUUCCAUUGAAACGUUGGGAAGAUUGGGAACGUGCUCGUCUUCGCAGGAAUAAACGCGCUGAACGUCAAGACCGUGCUAACCAACAAAAAGGGCCAUCACAUUUGACACAUCAAGUUUAUACUGGUGAUGACGACCAAGGCAACGCAUCAUUACUCGCGUCAAAUUACGUUAAUUAUGAAGGAGAUUACCAAGAUGCAAUGUCAAUGCACUCUACCGCUUCAGGAGACCUUGGACCUCAACAGCAAUAUUACGACUAUUCGAACAGCAGAUAUCAACCACAGGAUUAUGACCGUUACCAACAAGAACAAUUUGAUAAUAUGCGGUUUGGCAACACCCACGAUUUACAACGUGCACCAUCACCAAGAUUACCAGAAAACAACUAUUAA